ACCCCGUUCCUUGUCAGGGUCCGUACAGCAAUUGCCAUGAUGGCCUCAUAAAUAUGUCCCCGAGACCGAUAUCAGCGCACCAAUUUCAGCUGGUGCUAUGAUGCCUUCCUUUCUCCGUCGUUCUCCCAAGUCGGGCCAGUCAGGCUCACUCACGCAAUCCCCUCUGCCCGGUCAAGCUAAUACAACUUCUCCUCCCCCAAAUUCUCCCUCCCCACUGUCGAGUGAAGUAUCCCCGGCUGGCCUAGCCUCGUUGCAAGCUGAAAGCUCGAUAACUCAGUCCCUACAUGGUUCUGAGCAAACGUCGCAUUCAUCCCUUCAUACCAUCUCGCAGGAGAUCGCUGCCAGCAUUGAGUUUUCCCCAGUCAACAGGAGAAACGAUGUUUUCAUCGAGAAACUGCAUCAGGUUCUUGGUCAGAGUCCCUACCAACAUGACAUCAUAUGGUCGGAUUCUGGUACCAGCUUUAUUAUCACGGACGUCGAAGCUUUCAAACGCCAUGUUCUGAGUCCGCUCUUUCACGACCUUCCGUUUGCGGACUUUGUCCAGAAGUUGAACGGAUACGACUUCCGUGCGACGAUCAAGAACAUCCAUUUUCUAGACUCGUCGGCAACAUCAGAGGGCUGGGAAUUUAGUCACCCUUCGUUCCAUCGCAUUGGCACUUCAAGUGCUUCAGCGUCUGAUUUCCUGUCAUUAUCCGACUCUGAGCCAAGCACAGAAAUCCUACCUAAAGUAGCAUACAUGCUUGCCAAGGCCCAAGACGAGAUUAGCAAUUACCGCAGAGAGAUCAACAGUUUACGAGGACAUGGUUCGCCUGGCACUCGAGCCUCUCCCAGAUCUCGGUCUCCACGCGCGUUGUCUCCCCUCUUGCAGCCCGUAAAUGAUGACGACGAUCACGUCCUCAUAUUUCAACCGGAUGCCCCCGGGGACCAUAGUGAGACACAGAAUCCGCCUCCUACGGGUUCCCCUUCACACCUGCAGGCCCCUCCCCAACUAGACUAUAUCCAGGCCGGAUUCCAACAUGACGAUCACCCAAAUGUGCAGAUUCAUCCUCCUACCCCCGGGCCGGCGUCCCCGCAGACGGGCGUUCAAAACCUGCCGUUACCCGGAAGUGGAGUCGACAUAUCUCCAGCUCUCCCGUUUGUGACGAUGUCUGGUGCGAGAAGUUGUUCAAGCUCUCCUGCUCAGACUUUGCGUGGUGGAGAACCUGGGUAUUCUCCAUGGCACUCAUCUCUCAGCUCACCGUCAUCUGAACCAUCAACUCUGUUGAGCCCCAGUCACAUCCAGUCUAUACCUUUCAAUUCAUCGUCAUCCUAUGGGGAGGACAGGGAUGAUUGGGAAGUUAAUCUCGUUGCCAGUCUCACCAGAACCGGACUGUCUGGGAAUGCACCGCACAGUGCCAAAUAUGUUGAUUCCAACAUGGCCUCACCCGAUCUGGCAGACCCUGAUGAAGUUCGCUCCCUGAUUUUCGAUAUAGUAAACAAGACUGUUGAAAGCCUUCCAACUCAUUUGAUCAACACUGCCGAUGGAAGGUUGUACGAGCGGAAAGCGCUUCUUAGCCAUUUUGAAGCCUCGCAAGAAUACAUGCACCUCGUUUGCCUCAUGAGCACAAAGAAUCUCAUGAAUGAAGAUUUCAUCACAGAAGUCAUUCGAACAUACUUCCGACACGCAAUGCUUUCUCACAAGUGGGACGUCAACGAACCCCUUUUUCACGAACUUCCUAAUGGCGUCUUUGCCUCUGGCCUGCCCCCGCGCUUUACCAAGCUCAAAAGCUUUUGCGAGGUCGUGAAGGGUCUGGGACUAGGUUGGGCGUGGUGUGACACCUGCUGCAUCAACAAGGACAGCAGUGCAGAGCUCGAGGAAGCGAUCACGUCCAUGUUCCGAUGGUACCGCGAUUCAGCGCUCACGAUCGUCUACUUCUCUGACGUUUUCGGGUUUUCACGCGAGGACCUGAUCAAGAGCAAAUGGUUCAAGAGGGGUUGGACUCUUCAAGAGUUGUUGGCACCACGUGUAAUGCGGUUCUACGACCGAACCUGGACACCGUGCGUCAGAGGGCCAGAGUACAACCAUAAGCUUGUCCCAGAGUGGCUCGAUGCGCUGCAGCGUGCUACUGGCAUCCCGCCCUCGAUAUUGCAAGGGUUCACGCAGGGACCAGAGAACCCAAGGGAAAAGCUUCGAUGGGCGUCGCCCAGGGUAACGACCAGGGUCGAAGAUCUAGCUUACUGCCUCUUCGGUAUCUUUGAUGUCACGCUGCAACCGCAGUAUGGAGAAGGGGAGAAGGCGUUCGGCAGGUUGUUAGUUGAGCUUAUCAAGGUCACUCAAGAUACGGGCCUCCUCGACUGGGUCGGGAAGCGUUCGGAACGGUGCAGCAUUCUCCCGGUCAGCCCUUCCGGUUUCCGGGACGUAGCCUUGCCCAAUAAUAAUACGACGGCGAGCGGUGGUAGCUCGCCCGCUUCGAGUCAGAUACACACGGAUGCCGACGAGGGCUCGCUUAUUCACAGGCUUAGUCCUGGUAGCAAGGCCAAAUUGACCACCCCUCCACUGCUGUCAACGGGUGACGGCGUAUUUGAAGUUCUGUGCUUCGUUCAUAACGUGAAGGACAGCUCUAGGAUUGCGCUCGGAAGCACUAGUAUGCAGCGCAGUGGGAAUACUGAUGCAGUGGUACAUUACUCCAUCCAAGCUGAAAACCUUUUCAAGCUUGUUGUUGCGGUCAGUUUGAAGGACGCACUGGAGGAUGUGCCUAGGUUGAGACAGCCAUUCGUGUUGGCCAGAGUUUGGGACUCAAGCAUGAACGAACAGAGCGCUGAUAGAGUAAUAGUGAAGGCGGUCAGGAAACCCCGUGCCGAUUCUUUGAUGAAACCCUUCGUUGCAAUAUUGCUAAUGAAGGAUCCGGACGGUACUCGGUAUUCUCAUCGGAUACCAACCGAGGCGCGCAUCGUGGCGCAACUGGUAAAGCAACCUCGCGACUAUCAGCCGAUUACUCUCAGACUUUGUUGAUCAUGGACCUUUUCCUCUUGUAUUUAGCAUCUGCAAACACAUUAAUCAUCUCUACAUACAUCUACUAUACACAGUUGACACCCAAUCCAGACAUCCAAUUCUAAACCGGGAUGCUAAUUGCACCAAUAAACUCGCACGCACAGUUGCAUUAAUUUCCCUUAUCUGACGUCGUCUGUGGGAUACGCGGAGGGCCAGGGCCGAGAGCAAAAUCCAAGAACCACUCCUUGCUCAUAUAAUUGCGGAUGCUAUGCAGAACGUCAGCCAAGCCCAUCUAACAAAGUCGGCGAGCUCUU